GUGCUGCCAGAAAGCCAGCAGGCAGUGUACAGAGAAACAGCAAGAGAGGGAGGGAGAGAAGGGAAAAGUGUGAGUGGAUUUCAGCGCUUACUUAGAAGCCUUCAUCUGACACGCUCCAGACAUUUAUCCGGUCUCAAGCAGACCUCCUUCUUCCUUCUCUCUUUGUUCUGCCUUUCUCUAUUUCUUUGUGUUUCUACGAGCCAGAGCUGACUGCGAACGUGAUACAAGAGGCCAACACUGCAGCCUGGUUUCAGGAUCCACCAGCCCACACCAUCAGGAUGGGCUGUACAACAGCUUUCCAAACCCAGCCCCAGACCAACGCGGGGCAGGAGGGUCAGUGCCUGGAAGCUGGAGGUGCCAAAGUCCCUGACGUGCUCUCCUCUCUGGAGCGCCUGUCCCAGGCCACUGGAGGCAUGGAGAAGUCCUGGUAUCGCUGCAUCUUUCCCUUUGGAAUCAUUUCUUUGGUGAUCGGUGUAGCAGGAACCGGGGUGACCUACACUUACAAUGACCUGCCUCAGACUAAAGUGGUGUCAGUGGUGCUACUUGUCAUGGGUAUUUUGCUGUUGGUGAUGGCCACCGCCUGUUGGACCGUCCACAAGAAGAAGAGAAGGAAAAAGAAAGAGGGAGGCUCGUUCACCUCUGAGCAGUGUCCCCUGUGAAGCACACAGGGAAAACAGUGGGAGGAACUUGAAAGCAGAGACAUACCCAUGGCUGGUAGCUCAAGGGAUGACUAAAAAAGCUGCCACUUCAACUCCUGCUAGCGCCAAAUCCCCUCAAUUCUCAAUCACAGAGUUUGGCACAGCUCAUACCGGAGAGAACUUGAGCUGAGAAAUCAUAGAGAGUGGAAGGACAGAUAGACGGGACACUGCGUAUCUGUUUAGUCUGUAAAGUCUGGACCAUUUUGGAUUGGCAAGGAGGGAUCACCAAUGCCUCACAUGCUCUUUUAUCAUCAGACAGCAAGUGUCCAGUGUCAAAACAACCUCAGAGGAGACACACACAAAUAUGCAUUGCACACUACAUGCAUAUUUACACGCACGGAUACAUGGCCCUCGCAGUCCUCACUCACAUAUGCACUCGCAGUCACAGUGGAAGCUCGCGCAGACACCUAACACGCUAUGCAGAGCUGCUGCCGGAGUCAAUGCUGUCGUCACUAGGCACGUCAGUCACAGCAUUCCUCUUGCCAGGACAGGUGACUCUCCAAGAGGCCAUAAGUGGGCCAAAGACGGCAACCUGAUACCCAGCCGAAAGAGCAGUGCACCCGCGUCAGCGUCCAGCGUCAUUCACUCGUCCUGUGACACCGCAGCAAUGUGUUGGGGCUUUUUUUACGCAAUGGGAGAGUGGAACUUGAGUCCACCAGGAUCUUACUGGCAUCUAUGUGGACGAUGAGCUGGAGAGGGCAGAGGAUCUGCUGUGGAAGUGGAAGGUGUUUGUGUGUGCUCAAAUAAAGAUUCUGGUGAACUAAAAGACAGUUGGACCUUGGACUUCUCUUCUUAGUAACAACAGAUUUGCACAUUUAGCCAUGUCCACGCCAAGCAAGAGAAACUUCUAGUAAAGCAACUUACUCUGAAAGGCCUUUUGUAGCUUCAGCUUCACAUUACAAAGGAGUGGGGUACUGACUUUCUGACUGACUGAUUGACCCCCUGUCAACGCCCGAGCAUUUACGCCCAGCCUACUGUCUUCGUGGGGCACCUCAACCCCACACAGGGCAGGCCAGGAUUAUUGAAGGACACUUUGACUGAUACUGCUCCCUCGGGCCCCUCCCUCUUGGUGCCUUGAGCAAGCACUCAUGGAAAAAGGCUCUGUCGCAUUCCCCCGUUUCCAUCUGAAGCCCCGAGAAUUUCCCCCCUUGUACUCUCUCUCUCUCUCUUUACCCCAACAGGACUCUCCUCAUCCCUCCCAUCUGCCUUCCUACAUCCCCAGUUUCUGACUUGGCCCCAUUCAUUUUUCCAUUGUGAUGUAGUCCAGGAGGAGGUGUGUACGGCCUUUUGACUUUGAAAUUCAAGCACACAAAUACACUUAAACGUAAGCUCCAUAGUACAGACAUUUGUCUUUAUCACUAUGUGCCAAAGAAAGUGGAUUAUUUUCUCUCUCAUAGUGAAAACAACAUUGACUGAGAGUGAGUGACAAACCCCUUUGCCAGUCUGAAAAUAUGGUACAAGGCUGUCUAGUGAAUACUGAUUAAUGUUUGCACUCUAGGGUUUCCCUUUACUUUUUCUUUCAGAGAGAACGAGCGAAUGUAGCUGCACUUAGCUUCACAUCUGUGGAGGUGCUUUCUGUUGCUGUGUGGUCUCACAGGAUGAGACACACAAUGGCAUUUUAGUCUUGUCUUAAAUAUUCUCGUAUCUGUCACUGAAUGUAACAUGGAUGGAAAUACAAAUAAUGGAAUUAGAAAGUGCAACAUAGCCUAUAGAAUGUAUGUUUGUAGAAAAUGAGUGUGGCCUGUUUGUCUCUAUGUGAAGGAGGACUCUCUUUCCCCUUGAGAACUGUCAUUGAUCACCGUUGCAUUGAUUCUGGCUACCCAAUUAGUAACGCUUGUUGCUGAGUGAAAUGUGUCUAUGCAUCCAGAGGUAGCAGUUAACACACAAUGCCAAAGACCGUCCUGGAGGCCAGCUGCUUCAAAAGAUGUGCCAUCGAUCAGUCCUUUCUCACAAAUAUGUAGGGUUCAGUGUGCAUUUAGAUGUUCUGCAUACUUAUUGUUAUUAAAACUUUGUUAAACAAAGGGAAGAAAGGGGGAAAUAAGUAGGUAAUGACGGAAGACAAAAGCAGCACCUGAGAAGUCAUUACUAUCCCUGCGGUUAGUUUGGGAUCAGCCAUCCUGAAGAGAGCAGUAUUAUUCUAAGGGGAUAUGAUGCAUUACUGUACAUGUUAACUGGAGUGUGGUAAGUCUUCUCUGAACCUUAAUGGACUGUUAAAAAAUAGGACUAACAUUGACCAGUCUGUAUUCGCAAGCACCUGUAUACAGUAUUGUAUCACCACAUCAGCCCUUAAUCUCUUUAAAGUCAAAGGAAAUGCUCAUAAAGAGUAUUCAUGAGUUUGUCUUUUUAGCAAUGUAGUACAUUGUGGUUGCAUAUGUGUACUUUCUAACUUUCAAGCUGUAUUGUGACGGUGUGUAGACACUAAAAAUUGAUGACCAGAAUUAGUUUGUUAGAGAUGUGAAGUGAUUUCCCUAAUGCCUUCUGAAAAAUUAAAGGGGAAAAUCUACUUCUCUCUGCUGCGGGGGAAAUACGUCCCUCAACCAGUAGACAGCCAUGCUGUCUGCCAAUGCUGUUCGUCACUCCAGCGAGUGACACAAAAUAUGUCUGUGUGCCCUAUAAUAUUUGGUGCUGUAUAUACGACAAUUUUAUAUUUCUACUGUACUGUAUAUUUCUACUUAUAUAUACAUCUUUUAACUGAUUUAAAUAAAUGUUAUGUAAACAAAUGGGUCUGUGAGGUUCUAGUUUGUAGCUUGAGGUGAAACUCCCCGAGCAUUUAUUAAAUAUAACUUUGUAUUGAA